AUGCUUUCAUAUUUUGUGCCGGCGUAUUUCAAACUAAUUAAUUCAGCUAAUUUCCUUUCUGUUUUGACUUUUUUUUCGAGUUUCUUUCAAAAGCUUAUAAAACUUUCACGUUCCUAUCUAUCUUUCAUCUUAUCUAUCAUUUUAUUUAUCUAUCUAUCUAUCAUUUUAUCUAUCUAUCUUUCAUUUUAUCUAUCAUUUUAUCUAUCUUUCCUUCUAUCUAUCUAUCAUUUUAUUUAUCUAUCUAUCAUUUUAUCUAUCUAUCUUUCAUUUUAUCUAUCAUUUUAUCUAUCUUUCCUUCUAUCUAUCUAUCUAUCUAUCUAUCUAUGUUCAGCAAGAUCAUUGAAUAUAUCUAUCUAUCUAUCUCUCUAUCACAGAUAUAUCUAUCUAUCUACUAUAUCUAUUUAUCUAUCUAUCUCUCUAUCACAGUGUGACUAUAUCUAUCUAUCUAUCUAUCACAGUGUGACUAUAUCUAUCUAUCUAUCUAUCUAUCUAUCUCUCUAUCACAGUGUGACUAUAUCUAUCUCUCACAGUGUGACUAUAUCUAUCUAUCUAUCUAUCUAUCUCUCUAUCACAUGUGACUAUAUCUAUCUAUCUAUCUAUCUCUCACAGUGUAUCUAUCUAUCACAGUGUAUCUAUUUAUCUAUCUAUCUCUCUCACAGUGUGACUAUAUCUAUCUAUCUAUCUAUCUAUCUAUUUCUCUAUCUCUAUCACAGUUGUGACUAUAUCUAUCUAUCUAUCUAUCUGACUAUAUCUAUCUCUCUAUCACAGUGUGACUAUAUCUAUCUCUCACAGUGUGACUAUAUCUAUCUAUCUAUCUAUCUAUCUCUCUAUCACAGUGUGACUAUAUCUAUCUAUCUCAGUGUGAUCAUAUCUAUCUAUGAUUGCAUAGUUGCUAUCAGCACUUAUUUUACAUAA